AUGCACUACCAAAGCAACGCGUCACAAGCUUGUGCUGGUAUUGGAGCUACUGGCAAAUGCAAGAACGCCGGGUAUCCAAAUCCGAAAAAUUGCAAAGUAUGCAUUUGCCCCGCUGGCUAUGGUGGCGCCUACUGUGCACAGAGAGCUUGGAAGUCAAGAAAUAUCACCAUUGGCAAUGCCACGAUAACCACCGUACGUGAUACCUACACGACGUGCAGCGACUGGAUCACGGCUCCAGCAGGCAAAACUGUCCAGUUUCGGAUAACAGCCUUGAAAGGUGUACAAUGCGGUAAUGGCUGCUCGUACAGUUCGAUUGAACCGAGGAUUCUGGCAGACAAGGCCAUGACGAGUCCAAGAAUCUGCUGCCUCGAACAGUUGAAUACGAUUCUGGCAAGUAACCACAAUCCAGCUCCAAUCGUCGCACAUAUUCGUAUUAUCUUCAGUCUACAUUCACGGGCAGUGGGCUGGCAGGCAUAG